CGACAUCCCCAGACUCCCAGCAUCGGCUCUCGCGAUCAGCAAGCACAGCUCCAAGCAGGCUGCCAGCAAUGCUGUCCCACGCGCCGUCUCAAAUCCCCGCCGCCUCCAAACCGCGCCUCUCCUCUCGCAGGCGCAGCUCCCGCCUAGGCGCCAAACACCUCACGGCCACCGCCGCUGCGGCCUCAACACUCCGCAGCGUAUCCGCCUCCCGCCGCGGCUUCGUCCUCUUCGUUCCCUCGCUCGCCGCCGCAUCCGCCGUCCUCCGCCCGCUCCCGUCCGCCGCCACCGAGGCCGAUGACACCGAAAGCCCGGCUCCACAUCCACCGCCCACCGAAGAAUCCCUCUCCCCGCAGCCCGCCGCGGAUGCGGCGGAGACGAAGCCUGAGGCCAGCGAGUCGGCCAUGUCGAGGGUGUACGACGCGACGGUCCUCGGGGAGCCAGAGGCGUUGGCAGGGGACGCGCGGGGGCGGGUGUGGGAGAAGCUGGCGGCUGCGAGGGUGGUGUACCUCGGCGAGGCCGAGCUCGAACCCGACCCCGACGACCGUGUGGUCGAGCUCGAGAUCGUCAGGGGCCUCGCGGGCCGCUGCGCUGACGCUGGAAGGGGCCUGGCGCUCGCGCUGGAGGCGUUCCCCUGCGACCUACAGCAGCAGCUCGACCAGUUCAUGGACGGCAGGAUUGAUGGUGGAAUCUUAAAGUUAUACACAUCGCACUGGUCGCAGGAGCUAUGGCAGGAGUAUGAACCUCUUCUGUGUUACUGCCGUGAUACUGGAAUUAAGCUUAUUGCUUGUGGAACACCACUGGAGGUGAAAAGAACUGUCCAAGCAGAUGGGAUUAGAGCUCUCAAAAAAGCAGAAAGAGAAGCAUAUGCCCCUCCAGCAGGCUCAGGAUUCAUCUCUAGUUUCAUGUUUGGCUCAGGAAGGUCAUUGAUAGACAAGAUCUCAUCGAUUGACGACUCUAUGUUUGGCUCUACCUCGUAUCUAUCAGAACAGGCAAGAGUAGUUGAUGAUUAUACCAUUUCCCAGGUUAUUACGAGAGAACUUAGUGAUGGAGAUGUUUCACGGUUGCUAAUUGUUGUGACGGGUGCAAGCCAUGUUAUGUACGGGCCACGAGGAAGUGGUGUUCCUGGGAGAAUAUCUAAAAAGGUGCCAAAGAAAGACCAAGUUGUGGUACUGCUUGAUCCUGAAAGACAGGUUAUAAGGAGGGAAGGUGAAGUCCCCAUUGCUGAUUUCUUAUGGUAUUCAGCGGCUAAACCUUGCACUAGAAAUUGUUUUGACCGUGCCGAAAUCGCUCGAGUGAUGAAUGCUGCUGGUAGGAGGCCUGAAGCUUUACCUCAGGAUCUUCAGAAAGGACUAGAUCUUGGUGUAGUUUCACCUGAAAUAUUGCAGAACUUUUUUGACCUCGAGAAAUACCCUGUUAUGACAGAACUGAUUCAUCGAUUUCAAGGUUUCAGAGAAAGGCUGUUGGCAGACCCUAAAUUCCUUCAAAGAUUAGCCAUUGAAGAGGUCAUAUCAAUAACAACCACUCUACUAGCGCAGUAUGAAAGGCGGAAAGGGAGGUUCUUUGAAGAAAUUGACUAUGUCCUCACAGAUACUAUUAGAGGGUCUGUUGUUGAUUUCUUUACAGUGUGGCUUCCUGCUCCUACUAUUUCAGUCCUUCAGUAUGCUGAUGAUGGUUCUGGUUCGAGUUUGGAGUUUGUCAAAGGCCUUUUAGGAUCAUUGCCAGAUAAUGCAUUCCAAAAGAACAUCUUGGGCCAGGAUUGGAGUAUCAAGCAAAGAAUUGCAGCAGUGUUGGUUGGUGGUCUGAAACUUGCCAGUGUUGGUUUCAUUUCUAGUGUUGGGGCUGGGGUUUCCUCAGAUCUCAUCUAUGCUGCCCGAGGAAUUGUGAAACCUUCAGAAAAUGUGGAAACGGGAAGGAAGAGAUCUCCCAUCUGGAAGUCAGCAGCUGUUUAUAGUUGCUUUCUUGGAACAUCAGCAAAUUUGCGGUAUCAGAUUAUUGCUGGUCUAGUGGAGUAUCGACUAGGAGAGAGCCUGGUGACAUACUACAACCAACCCCUUAUUGCUGGUUUGUUGUCAUUCGUGGCUAGGACACUGAACUCAUACUGGGGAACACAGCAAUGGGUUGAUCUUGCGCGGUACACUGGGUUACAGAGAAGCGAGGAAAAGCCUCCUGCUGAGGCCACUAUGCCACCUGAUUCAGCACAUUUGGAGGGUUGUACGACGGAAGGACAUGAUUUUGAUGACAGCAGCAAUAACACCAACAAAUCGACUGGUCCGAGCUAGUGAUUUGAUUACUUCACAGUGGCUGCAGAUCACAUGGCCUAUUUUCAUAGACAAUGAAAGUGGCUGCCUUCCUGCUCUUGGGAUCACAAGGAAGCGGAAAUUUGAGGAAAUAUUAGUCACAAAAAUUUGUUCAGAUUCUUUUUCAGCGUUACCACAAGAGUGCACAUACAGUUCUCGUUUCUAUUCGUUAGAGUAAGUAUUGUUUUGUACAAUCUACAUCUGUAAGAACUGCAGCACCUAAAGGAUGUUC